AUGGGGAGAAGCCCAUGCUGCUCUGAGGAGGGUCUCAACAGAGGAACAUGGAUGGCUGAGGAAGACGAGAUCUUGGCGAGAUAUGUAAGGGUCCACGGAGAAGGAAACUGGAGGAGCCUCCCGAAGCGAGCUGGUGAGGAUAUCUCGACAUUUCCCUCCAUUUGUGGUCACCUAUGUGAUUCCUCACAGAGAGCGUGGUACUCACUGCACUGAUAUGUUGCGCAGGGCUGAAGAGAUGUGGGAAGAGCUGCCGUCUACGCUGGCUGAACUAUCUCAGACCGAACAUCAAGAGAGGCAACAUAUCCGAGCAAGAGGAAGACCUCAUUGUCAGACUGCAUAAACUUCUUGGAAACAGGUCUCUCUCUCUCUCUCUCUCUCUCUCUCUCUCUCUCUCUCUCUCUCUCCCCCCCCCCCCCCUCCCUCUUCCUCUCCUUUCUCUCUAGGCUAUUUUCCCGGUACUGUUGAGACCAAAUCCAGGGAGCCAUGGGAUCCAGAGAUGGAAGGCGUGGGUUUCCAUAAUUACAUGUAUGAGUUCUCCAUUAGAACAAGGUUUUCUAGCUUAAUCAUAGUCGAAAAGCAGAAUUUUAGCGAUAGUCUUCAGGAGGGGAUUCACCUUCGUUCGGGGGGUCUUGAUGUUCGGGGCGGGGAGGGAUGAGUGACAGUUAAACCCAGAGACCACCUCUGGACAAAAGCCGUGCACAGGAACCGCCGAAAGCAAGAGGUCCCUCAUUCACGUGAAAAAGGACACACGAGUCCAUUCUCUUCCCUCUGAAACAUCCCGAAAGCAUUUUUAAAAGUGCGGAGCUCUUCAUUCAGUACAUCGUCCUUCCCUGGAAGCAUAUUCCCCUUGCGGGAAUAUCAACGUCGUGACUUUUUUCAUGUUUGGAUCGUGGUCCAUUAGUCUGGUGGGAGAACCCCUUCCCCUCUUUUUGUCCUCCGCUGGCAUCCUCUGGACCAAGUCCAGACCUAAGAAAGGCGCAAACUGUGGGCUAUUACUUGAGAUGCUUUCAUUAUUACCGAACAGCUGAAGAUUACUUCAGAAUUUCCUCCGCUCUCUUCUUGGUACCCCCCUCGUAUUUGAUGUCAGUCCCAGUAUGGCUUGAUCAGAUCGUAAUUGUGGGGAGCUUGCAGGUGGUCUCUUAUCGCAGGACGGCUGCCCGGCCGAACAGACAACGAAAUAAAGAACUAUUGGAACACCACCUUGUGGAAGAAACUGCAAGGUCGGCCGCUCAGAGCGCCCAAGCAAAGGAAACCACUCGCUGAGGCAUCGUCUCAGCUGCAGGCUUCGGCCGAUCCCUACGAGAGGCAGCUGCAACCGCCGUCGGGUGAUCUGCAGACUCCGACGAGUCCCUUGUUGAGCCAUACGCCGAAAGAGUCGACUGUGGGACUCGGUCUCGCAAAAUUUGGCGAUGUUCCCCAAGUCGGAGCUGGUGACGGAAGCAGCAGCUGCCACUGGCAGGUGGAGAGCGUCUCCGACGAGGCCUUAUGCGACAGAGCAGCUCUAAUGGACUGGUUGGUCGACGAGGGAAGGGGCCACGAGAUUCUGGGCGAUUUCCAGUUCAUGGCCUCCUUCCUUGAUUUGGAGGAGUGGAUGUGA